UGCACAGGCGGAGGCGGGGCUUGCUGUGUGUUGCUCCAACCUCCCUGCUCCUCUGUGUAUUUUUUUAUUUUUUGGGGUGUCUUGUUAAUCUCCGCGUAGCAGCCGGGGAAAGGGAGUAAAUGGAAUUGGCGCUCUGAGAUCGGAGUACUGCAGCCCCCCCGGACAAGUGAGAGGAGAAGGAGGGGGGCAGCCAAACAACCCCCCCUUCCCAAAGUGAAGCCAGGAGAAGGGGAGAGAAGAAAGAGAGGAAGAGAAAAAAGGAGAGAAAGUGGGACUCCAAGGCAGGGAGCCGGCGACUUCUGGGGAACAACUUGUUGCAAACAGAUUUGCCAAGUGAGGAAUCCGCCUCUCACUCCCCGCCGGGACUGGAGGAAGCAAACGCACCGUGCCUCGCUCCUCGUCCCCACAGCCGGGCGCCGGGGUCCACGUUCGCCGCCGAGGGGAGAUGCCAUUUGGACCAUGUAACAUCGCUACCAGGAGUUGAGGCCGCCCUUUAACAUAACCAUGAAGCUGGCCGAGCGACUCGUGUGCUGGGUCAGCUGCCUGGUGAUCUCCGGGACUCUCCAGCCCGGCGCGGCGCAGGCAGUGUGCGCUGGUACUGAGAACAAGCUGAGUUCUCUGUCUGAUCUUGAGCAGCAGUAUCGUGCAUUGCGCAAGUACUAUGAGAACUGUGAGGUAGUCAUGGGCAACCUGGAAAUCACCAACAUUGAACACAACCGUGAUCUUUCCUUCCUCCGGUCUAUCCGAGAAGUCACGGGAUAUGUCCUGGUAGCUUUGAAUCAGUUUGAGUACCUCCCGUUAGAGAACCUACGCAUCAUUCGUGGGACAAAACUCUACGAGGACCGAAAUGCCUUGGAGAUAUUUCUUAACUACAAAAAGGAUGGUAAUUUUGGACUCAGGGAACUUGGCCUGAAGAACUUGACUGAAAUACUGAAUGGAGGGGUAUACGUUGGCCAGAACAAGUUUCUUUGCUACGCCGACACCAUUCAUUGGCAGGAUAUCGUGCGUAACCCACGGGCUUCCAACUUCACUUUGGUUCCAACAAAUGGCAGCUCAGGAUGUGGACGAUGCCACAAGUCCUGCACAGGCCGAUGUUGGGGACCCACAGAAAACCACUGCCAGAGCUUGACAAAGACAGUGUGCGCAGAGCAAUGUGAUGGACGUUGCUACGGGCCGUACGUCAGUGACUGCUGCCAUCGGGAAUGCGCUGGAGGCUGUUCCGGACCUAAAGACACUGAUUGCUUUGCCUGCAUGAAUUUCAACGACAGCGGAGCGUGUGUCACUCAGUGCCCCCAGACUUUUGUCUACAAUCCCACCACCUUCCAGCUGGAGCACAACCACAAUGCCAAAUACACCUAUGGAGCUUUUUGUGUCAAGAAGUGCCCACAUAACUUUGUGGUAGAUUCCAGCUCUUGUGUCCGUGCCUGUCCCAGCUCCAAGAUGGAGGUUGAAGAAAACGGUAUAAAGAUGUGCAAACCCUGCACUGACAUUUGUCCUAAAGCAUGUGAUGGCAUCGGCACAGGGAGUUUGACGUCCGCUCAAACCGUUGACUCCAGCAACAUUGACAAGUUCAUAAACUGUACCAAGAUCAACGGGAACCUGAUCUUUCUUGUCACUGGGAUUCAUGGGGACCCCUAUCACACAAUUGCAGCAAUGGACCCAGAGAAAUUAAAUACUUUCCAAACAGUCAGAGAGAUAACAGGUUUCUUGAAUAUUCAGUCAUGGCCGCAAAACAUGACAGAUUUCCGUGUGUUUUCUAACUUGGUUACUAUAGGUGGAAGAGCCCUAUAUAGUGGCCUUUCCUUACUCAUCCUGAAGCAACAGGCAAUUACCGCUCUACAGUUCCAGUCGCUGAAGCAGAUCAGUGCUGGCAACAUCUACAUAACUGACAAUACCAACCUGUGCUACUAUCACACCAUCAACUGGACCAGCCUCUUCAGCACGCCCAACCAAAAGACAGUGAUCCACCACAAUAGAAACCCUGAGAACUGCACUGCAGAGGGAAAGGUGUGUAACAACUUGUGCUCAAGUGACGGCUGUUGGGGGCCAGGGCCAGACCAGUGUCUGUCCUGCAAACGCUUCAGCAGAGGAAGGACCUGUAUAGAGUCUUGUAACCUUUAUGAUGGGGAAUUUCGAGAGUUUGCGAAUGGUUCUGUGUGUGUGGAGUGUGAUCCCCAGUGUGAGAAGAUGGAAGAUAACAUGAUCACAUGCUAUGGGCCGGGACCAGACCACUGCACCAAGUGUUUCCAUUUUAAGGAUGGCCCCAACUGUGUGGAAAAGUGCCCCGAUGGCUUGCAGGGGGCAAACAGCUUCAUUUUCAAAUACGCCGAUGAGGACCGUGAGUGUCACCCUUGUCAUCCAAACUGCACUCAAGGGUGCAUAGGCCCCCGUAUUGAGGACUGCAUCGGCCUGAUGGAUAGGUGUAGAGGUCCCACUAGUCAUGACUGCAUUUACUAUCCAUGGACGCGCCAGUCCACCUUACCACAGCAUGCUAGAACCCCCCUGAUUGCUGCAGGCGUGAUUGGUGGACUCUUUAUCAUCAUCAUUGUGGGUCUGACGUUUGCCGUUUAUGUUCGGCGGAAAAGCAUAAAAAAGAAGAGGGCCUUGCGGAGGUUCCUGGAGACGGAGCUGGUGGAGCCCUUGACCCCAAGUGGCACAGCACCCAACCAAGCACAGCUUCGUAUCCUGAAGGAAACUGAGCUAAAGCGAGUCAAGGUCCUUGGCUCUGGGGCCUUUGGAACCGUGUAUAAGGGUAUUUGGGUUCCCGAAGGAGAAACAGUAAAGAUUCCUGUGGCUAUUAAAAUCCUUAAUGAGACGACUGGUCCCAAGGCAAAUGUGGAGUUCAUGGAUGAAGCACUUAUCAUGGCAAGCAUGGAUCAUCCACACCUGGUGCGAUUACUGGGCGUCUGCUUGAGCCCUACUAUUCAGCUCGUCACUCAGCUGAUGCCCCAUGGCUGCUUGUUGGACUAUGUUCACGAACACAAGGAUAACAUUGGCUCGCAGCUCCUGCUGAACUGGUGUGUCCAGAUAGCCAAGGGAAUGAUGUACCUGGAAGAGAGGAGACUGGUUCACCGGGACUUGGCAGCCCGGAAUGUCUUGGUAAAAUCACCAAACCAUGUGAAGAUCACUGACUUUGGCCUGGCCAGGCUCCUGGAAGGCGAUGAGAAAGAGUACAACGCUGAUGGAGGGAAGAUGCCAAUUAAGUGGAUGGCUCUGGAAUGUAUACACUACAGGAAAUUCACCCAUCAGAGCGAUGUUUGGAGCUAUGGUGUCACUAUCUGGGAGCUUAUGACCUUUGGCGGAAAACCCUACGAUGGAAUCCCAACACGAGAAAUUCCUGACCUGUUAGAGAAAGGGGAACGGUUGCCCCAGCCUCCUAUCUGCACCAUUGAUGUGUACAUGGUGAUGGUGAAAUGCUGGAUGAUUGAUGCUGACAGUCGGCCUAAAUUCAAGGAAUUGGCUGCUGAAUUUUCUAGAAUGGCUCGAGACCCUCAAAGAUACCUUGUCAUUCAGGGUGACGACCGUAUGAAGCUCCCGAAUCCAAACGACAGCAAAUUCUUCCAAAAUCUGCUGGAUGACGAAGACCUGGAAGAUAUGAUGGAUGCUGAGGAAUAUUUAGUUCCUCAGGCCUUUAACAUCCCUCCUCCUAUCUAUACCUCCAGGGCUAGAAUUGACUCCAACAGGAGUGAACUUGGACACAGCCCUCCUCCUGCCUACACCCCUAUGUCAGGAAACCAGUUUGUGUACAGAGGCGGCGGCUUUGCUACAGAACAAGGAGUGCCUGCGCCAUACAGAGCUGUCAGCUGCAUAACUCCGGAGGUGCCAGCCAUCCAGGGGGCCACGGCAGAGAUCUUUGACGACACUUGCUGUAAUGGUACACUACGGAAGCAGGUGGCCACCCUCGCACAAGAGGACAGCAGCACUCAGAGGUACAGCGCUGACCCAACAGUGUUUGUACCUGAGCGGGGCCAACGGGGCGAGCUGGAUGAAGAUGGGUACAUGACUCCGAUGCGAGACAAACCCACAACAGAUUACCUGAACCCAGUAGAGGAGAACCCAUUUGUCUCCCGACGAAAGAACGGUGAUCUUCAAGCUCUGGACAACCCUGAGUAUCACAGCGCCCCAAACGGGCAGCCCAAAGCAGAGGACGAGUAUGUGAACGAGCCGUUGUACCUCAGCACCUUUGCUAAUACCUUGGAAAACGCGGAGUACCUGAAGAACAAUGGGCUUCCUUUGCCAGAGAAAUCCAAGAAGGCCUUCAACAACCCGGAUUACUGGAAUCACAGUCUGCCACCACGAAGCACCCUCCAGCACCCGGACUACCUGCAGGAGUACAGCACAAAAUAUUUUUACAAACAAAAUGGACGGAUCCGGCCCAUCGUGGCAGAGAACCCUGAAUACCUCUCUGAGUUCUCCCUGAAGCCUGGCACUGUGCUGCCCCCGCCACCCUACAGACAUCGAAACACGGUGGUGUAGUGACAUCAGUAUUACACAAGUAGAGAGGCAACCCCUUCUAGCCGCCAGUCUCUCUUUCUUUCUUUCUCUCUCUCUCUCCCUCUCUGUCUCCCGUGAGCUUCCUCUUUUUGCCAGUUCACUCACUUUGAUAUUUCCAAGUAGAAGGACACCUUUGAGUCAUUUGCUGAUCAGGUUAGGAACCUGGAAGGAAAGAAAGAAAGACUAAAUGAAGGAAUGAAAGAAGGCCAAAAGCUGGCAUUUCUCACCUUUCACAGACCCUGAGGGUCAGAAGGUCAGACGAACCAGUGAAUACCAGUAAAGGCCAGUGGCAUGUUGGCUGCUGUCAAGUUAGUUCUCAGUGAUUCAACUCAGAUGCUGUAGGGGAAGUCACACAGUGUCUGUUUCUAUCAGCAGGAACUGAGGAAAGCCUAUUCAGCAUUCCUGGAAAUCGCAAUGCAGUUUCCAUUAAGGGGGGAAAAAGGACAAUUUUUAUAUCACAUGUGAUAGCAUAAUAAUUGAGAUUGGAGAAGCCAGUUUCUUUCUCUAACACUUUCUAUCCUGGCAACUGAAAACAGCUAACCCAACUUUUCAUAACCAUUCAGUUCUUCAUCACAGCCAUCAAAGAAAUAACUAAUAAAUUAAAAAAGGAGGAGACUUUGUCUCUGGCCAGUCCCCUCUUCUUAGCCACUCCCACACUUUAAUCCCAUUUCCUAACAGCAAAGACUUUCACUCAACGCUCCUGUGCAUGACAGUGCAAUUUUUUGGUAUGUGUCGCCAUGACGACAAGUAUUUUCAACACAAGAAUCCCGUCAGGAAAGAAAGAAAACACAAAAAGCUGAUAUCCUCCAUUGAAGCGAAAAGAGAGGCACAGAGCCUCACCUUCAUGUUUUAUACCUACUUAAUACAAACAAAGUACCCAUACAACUUCUCCUCUCUUUCUUUUUGCUCAUCGAUUAAAGUAGUUGGGGAUGCAGUAGGCAACACUGAGGACAAGACAGAAGGAGGAGAGUUUAAUCGGUUCAGGAAACCUGGUGGUGGUCUUAGGGAUGGCCCACUAAGGAGUUCUUUAAACUGGAAGAAAGACACUGGAGUGGAUAAAACGCACAUAGCAGUUCACUGGAAAGUUAGUUUGCACUUAAGCUAUGAUUUUAUUUGUCCUCGCUCUGGACUGUUUUCUGGAUUUUGAAUGAAGCAAUAUGGAAGCGACCAGCAAAAUAAAAUAAUUUUAAAUUAAAAAGUGAAAUUAUAUAUAAAGGACGACUUGUGGAAAUGCCAAAAUGAAGCAAGUCACGUCUUUGGAACAGUAUCCGCUGGUUCUGAAAGGCCAGUAUAUUGACUACUUCAGAGAAUACAGUGAAGGAGUAACCAGUUCAAACGCUGCUGCACGAAGGAAAAGCAGAGCAAACAGUGAAGGGGAUUUGGGGAGAAGAAUGGCCAGGUCUGGCUUGGGGCCCAGCAAGGACUAUAGUUUUCUAAAAGGAGGAUUUCUCCAUCACAUAAGCUGGUACAUACAAGGUUUUUAAAGUCAAUAUGUGCAUGACACACACAGCUUUCAGUCAAAAAUGUAACUAAUGAGUCAAUCUCCAUGCACUUAUUUCCCUUUUGUCAACUUCAGCUUUCACAGGACCUUUGGUUUAUCCCCCCAUGGCUAAAAAUAGUUCCAGCCAGAGUUUUUAAAUCAUUUUAGCAUCAAAAUGGAACACCACAUGAAGUGGAAGAGAAGAAUGGGGAUGGUGUCUUGCUUUCGAUGCACUGUGUUUCUAGUUGUUUAGGCUUUUAAAGAAAAGAUAUCUAUCUAAUUAGACUCAAAUUCUAGGAGGGACAACAAUAUUCCAAUGUAUGCACUUUAGUACUAUUGAAAUGAAGGCCCUUUGGAUGAUGGAACCCAGCAACAGGGGUGAACAGUCUGGAAGCAAUGCAUAUUUUCUCUUAAAUCCUAACAUUUUAAUGGACAGCCACCAUGAGCUUUGGCGAGCUCCCUGCCAUAACCCUGUCAGGGAGAUCUGACCUCUCAAAUUGAAAGAGGCAGACUGGAGAGUAAGCCCCGACCCUCACCCUCAGUCUGCCAUUUUAAGUUAAUUUUAGGAGUGGAUGUCAUGCCGUGUUAUACAAGCAGCCAGUGAUUGCUUCAUGAGGUGACAUUACAUAAUUGCCUGACCCCUCCCCUCCCUAUUCCCAGGGCCGCCAUGCAAUAAUUACUUAAUUGUCUGUGCCGUAGGCCUUGCUAGACAAAGUCAGCUCUGGGCUGGAAAGAGACCUUAGAUUUCAAACCUGGGUUCUUAGUGUUGUACUUUUAAACAGAAUUUGUGGCUGGUCCCUACAGUGUCCAUCAAGAUUUCAGGUCAAGGCUGGCUCAGCCAAUGGGGCAUUACUGAAUUAGGUGCUUCAAGUCAAUUUGAACCAGCGGAACUUAAUUACCAGCUGCUGUGCACUUAUUAAGCCCAUAAACCUUGUAUGUAGAUAAAUGGUUUAUAAACAAGAACAAAAAGUCUUUGCUGCUAUUAAAAGGAGGCCUAGUGGCCAUGUGGCCAUGUAAUAAAUCAGUUUGUUGUGACAGAAUGAAAUGAACAGCUGACCAUUAAAGCAGGAUGGAUGACCACAGAAGCGCCAUGCAUCUGAAAGAAGGUCUGUCUCUGUGGAGAGGUCUCAUCUGCUCUUGAUGCCUUCCCAUAACUCCCAGUGAGGUUAAUGGGAGAUACAGGCAAGCAUUAGGGGAAAUUAGACCCCCUCAGACCUUCAGAAACAUAUGCCAGUGGGAACAAUCAGAGUGCGUAAUAUUAAGCCUCUUGAAGUGAGAAUGGACAAAUAAAAACACUCAUCCCAGAAUUUUAUCAUGUUCCUUUUGUGACUCAGAGAAAGCUUAGAAUAUUAAGGAGGAUGUGGGGGGCGGGAGGCUUGAUCGCCGUCAUUGAACACAUGUAAGAGAAGAGUAACGUUCUAAUGGAAAUCUACGUAUAGGUUGUGUAUUUGUGAUUGGAGCAGUGCGCUAAAAGACUGACUGUGAGAGAAAUGUGCACACCUUGAAAAUAUUGAAGGCAAAUCGCUAUAAGGAUUUUAGAAUCCAUCUGCUAAUGGAAGGUAGAACACCUGUUUGGGUUCUUUGAUAAUUCAGUAACAUCAACAUUAAAAACAAGCCCCGUUUAAAAAAAUGAAGUGUAAAUAUGGUUGUUCUUUAACAGUUUAACUCUUUUGCCCAAAAGUGUUUUAAGACUUAUUUAUUUACUUUUUUAAUUGUUGAUUGUGGCUAAAAUAUACCAAGUCACAUGGAAAUACAGCGGCUCCUUGCAGGGAGCAUGAAACCCAGAAGCAGGCUCACAAUUAUAGGCUGAGUAGUGGCAAAUGUGUCUUUAAAAAAAACCAAACAGUUAAUACAACAAAUGUAAAUGCAGCCUGUGAAAUGCAAAGUAACAAAUGACAUCCAUUUAUGUAUCCUGGGUUACUGGUUUGGGUUAGUCCUGUUGCCAAAAAUUGUCUUUAACAAUUCAUUGCUCUGGGUACCAUCAGAAUUGACCUAAACAUCUAGGUAUUGACCUAAACAUCUAGAUUCUUUCUUUUUUUUAACCUCAAGGGAUGAUUAACCUCGACCUACAAAGUCAAUAGUAUGUUUUGUUACAUUCAGGCCAAAUGUUUUCAACAGAAAAAUCUAGCUACCUUCUGAUCCACCCGCCUGUAAAAGCCAAGCACUUCCCAAGAAUGAAAUAAAUAAAUCUGUCACUGCUAGGUUUAAUUUUAAUUAUGGUAAGGGGAGGCCACAGAUCAUGACAGAUGUUCUUUUUUUUUUAAUUAAAUCAUUUUUUUCUUUGGAAAGCAGAUGCUUUUCAUCAAAAAUUUCAUUUAAACUCAGUUUUUCCAUGAAAAACAAGUUUUGACUGAAUUUUUUUUGAUCACCUAGUCAAAACUCAAGUGCUAUUCCUGUCCCUAAAAAACACAGUCCGUUUUUAAUGACUUUAUAAGCAUAUUUUCCUAUUUUGAAAUUAUUCUUUGUCCCCUAUUGCUGGAGCACAAUGAUUAAUUUUUCAGGGGAAACAAACAGUGCAUGUGCCAAGUAUUGUCACAGGCAAACUGAAUGAAAGAUGAACACGCUGUUGGUUUUGUUUUGUUUUCAGUCUCUUUCCAAGCUCGGUGUUACAUGUAACACUAGUAGAUAAACAAAUUUUAGACAAAAAAAAAUGUGAUUUUUUUUUUGAUUGUGUGAAACACCAUUGGACUAGACGUCAAGUCAACCGCAUCCUUUUAAUUAUUUGGGAGGAAUGGAAUUUGACUAGAUUGUAAAUUGACAGCAUCCCUUGUAACACAUUUCUUUUAAAUUGACAAAUGCAAAAGAUUCUUUAAAUCAAGUUUUUUUUCUGGUCAGUGGAAAUUACCUCGUUAAGUUAGAAAACAGUGGAAAUGACCAGAGCCUUAGGUCAAGAGACUCAGAUCUACUGCAUUGCUGCAAGGACUAACCUCAGACCAGAAACCUUCCUAAUUGUGUUGAGAAACUCUGUGUUAACACUGCCAGAUAUUUUGCAGCUUUUAAUUGACUGAUACCAUCACCUGACUGCACAAGUUGCAGCCCGGUCAGCGUGUGCCGUUUAUUUCUGUGGGUUGAUGGACUAUGGGGCGUGUCCGUCUUUGCUCCUCCCACAGCUUGUAGUGCUAAGGGGAAUGCCUCCCAGACGAGGCUGAAGAUAAUUCACGUUGUUUCAGUGGGGCAGAGUAGAAUGGGACGCACACAUAAGUGACCCGAUCCUGCACACACUGAAGGCAACGGGAGCUGGCGUAUGACCUACAUGGGAAACCUUCCUUCGCUCAACAGUUUGCAGGAAAGUGAACACUCUGAGCCCGCAUCUCAAGUGCCCUGCACCGUGUGUAAUCACUUAUAACUGUGCAAAGCAGGUAGGAGAUACCUAACCUUUGGUGUAAGAGACUGGGGCAGGGACCUGAGGUUUAGUUACUCCAAGGCACCUUUGUACAAUGGAGGCCUGACAUCUCAUUUGCACUAAGGCUCUUUUACAUCACCGUGGCAGCAUGCAGGGACUUUAAACGAAAGGAUUCUUUAUGCAGUGAGCAAGCUAUAAAGGAGUCUUAGCGCCACUCUGAAUCAGGUUGCCUCUAUUCUGGGGCCAUGACCCUUCCACAGUGUAGCAGCCUCAAGGUUGCUCUAACUUAAGCUUUGUUUCCCACCGUUCCUUAUGUAUGUGCCUUGGGACGCCAAGGCUAUUUGCAGGGCAUUCAGGACACCCCCUCUGAUUUGCUCCAGGGGGCUGGGAUGGUGUAGAGCUAUUAUGCCAGCUAUGGACCAGGGGGUGACAUUUGCCAGAGCGGUAUUAAGGGGCCUUGAUUAGCAUUUUACACCCAGUCACGUUUUCCUGGUUGUAAAUGCAAGGUGGGUGCAGAGGUGCUAUAGCAUAGUCAGUGAUAGUGGCACCCAUUUUAAGGCCCCUUUACACACUGAUGUAUAAGGGCCUUUGUAUAAAUGAGACACAGGCCCUUUGUUACCGGGAUGCUGGUUGGCUUUUGAAGAGUUACUCCAGGUUGAUGCUGUCGCCUUUAUUUUUCACUCUGUAAACCCCUUUUUAAAAGGUAAGUUCUUCUUUCAGUCGCAAUAACAACAUGAAGCCUGUAAAUUUAGUUGUAUCAGUUUCCUGCUUCCUUUCGAAUCUGCCACUUGUAAUUCUCUCAUUACCAUUGACCUCCCACUGCUGCUAACAUUUGUUGUAAUGUAACCAUAUCUAUUUGUUUUAGAAAGCUGGGCCUAUGCAGUAUUGAGAGGUGUGCUUUCUUUUAUUUUCAUGCUUCAUAACGUGGGAGAGACUGGUGCAGUCUAAUAGGGCAGCCUUUGCCUAGUGUUGCUUUUUUUAGCUGAUUUUUUAAAAUGUUUUUUUUUCAGUGAGCUUUACGCAGAUGGGUAGGAAAAGUUAUUUGUUCAAGUACAUUUUUAAAAACAGGACAAAUGCACAGAAACAAAGUUGUAGGGCUGGAGGCACUAGCUUAGGCUGUCCAAAUUAGUUUGUCGACAAACUUUUUUUUUUCCCCCCCAUGCCACUUCCUAGUUGGUAUUGUAACACUGCGCCGCUUUUUUCAAAGAUAAGGGCCAGAGUCAGACACCCUUACUCACAGGAAGUACCUUACUUCGUAGCAUUAAUGGCACUGGGAUUACUCAAGUCAUAAGGUAUUAUUAUUUGUAUAGCAGAACAAAUCAAUGAUUGGUGUUGGGUAUUGUGCAUAGAUUAUGGGUCCCAAUUCAGGAAAACAUCCUGACCCAAGCACUCGCAGAAGUUCCAUUGAAGUUGGUGGGAUUACGCACAUGCUUCCAGUUAAACUGGUUCCAGUCCCCCUUAUCUUACAACUUUUAGUAUUUGACAAGAAGCAAUAACAGAUGGCUAGAGGGGGGAACAGUCAGAUGAUCGUGAUUAGUGAAAUAACAAUGGUCGCAGCUGCCUAGUCAUAUCAUUGGUGGUAGUCACAAGAGCGGUACAGCAUGAGUAAGCCUACCCAAAUCUGGUCCAAAACAAUGAAGUGUCAGCUCCUCAGUGGAAUUUAGGUGCUUAAGUCCUGUACUUGCUCUGACAAGAAAGCAAUUUCAUUCUGGUUGUUUCAGAUGUGCAUUGUUUGCAAAUUCUUCCUUUCCAGUGGUGUGAGAGCCAUGUUACCCUUUCAACCUUUGUGGGGCGGAAACACUGUAUUUUCCAUAGCACUCCGAAGACUCAACCAUUUUGGGAAAACCACAGUAACAAACUGUGAAUGGUAUUUUAUAAGUAAGUGUAGAUAUGUAAGCCGUUCUUUUGAAGUAAGGUACUAUGAAAUAUGUAGCAUAAACUGGUACUGCUGUUAAAUGGGUCGAUUACUAAACUGAGCAGCUGUGUAAAGGGUAACUAACUUUGAAUGCACUAAAACAACCCGCCCUUUGAAGUUGAUACAACUUAGAUGGCCUGUGUAUAUGCUGGAAGCUGCCUUUUUAUAGGUUGAUUUUUGGAAGGGUUGGCUUGGAAUAUGUAGAGAUGGGCCCCAAAAUGAUACAGCAUAUCUGAGUGGCCCCAGAAAUUAGAGUUGAUGAAAAUAUUUUCUAAUGUUAAUGAAAAAAAAAUGUAGAAAUUAAAAAAACAAAGCAAUGUUCACAAAUUCUUUUUUUACCCAUUUUUCAGCCAAAGUGUAGAGCAGGUUGAAAUAUUACAAAUUUUGAAUAUAGAACUGGGGGAAAAAAAUCAGAAGAAUUGCUAUUUUCCCCAUUUCAACCCGCUCUCAUCCAAAUAUGGCUCUGAAAUCCACUGCUUAGGCUCACCUCUAUACAUUCCUCCCUCUGAAAAGGCUCAAGGCUGUAUGAUAGGUAGACUUUCAAAAGUUUGGCUUCAAUGGGCAUAGAAUCAAUGGAUCAGAUUCCAAGAAAGGUCACACCAGAGGAAUUAGAUGAGUCUACAAGAAUAGAUGCCCUAUUCGCAGUGCAAGAAAAUUGUUGAGUUCAUUGUCCUUUCCCAUCCCACUCCAUCUUCUCAUCAAAGCAUUCUCUUGUAGAGUCAACAUGGGGUGCUUAACCGGAGGUACCUGAAAAGGCAGAAAUUUAGAGUGUUAUAUUUUUUAGCCAAUUCCCUGUGUUCUUAAAGUGUAAAAAUACAAACAAAAAGAUCUCUGCCUUGUGAAGUACCUUCAAGGAAAAGAGAAGCAACACCAUGUUGGAAGAUGACCUCCUCAUUCACAUGACACGGUGCACUCAGAGUUAGCUACCUUUUGAAACAAACAAAAAAAAACUACUGUAUGUUACUUUGAAAAUGUGAAUAGUAUUUUUAUAGCUUGUUAAAGACAUGGCUAGUUGCAUUUGUAAAUAAGGAUAAUGUUGUUUUUAUUUUCUUUUUGUGGACAUCAUUAUUCAGAACAUAAUUGUCUUUAGGAUUGAUUUGUAUAUAAGUAAUUUGCUGGUGAUUUAUUUCCUUUUUUAGCUUUUGUUGGAGAUAUCAUUUUGACAUUCUGUGUGACUCUGUGUUUAGCACUAUUGUGGUAUGUUCAGACUUUCUGCACUUGCUUACACAGUAACGUAUGCCAAUUGUGUGUGGCGUAAUGUUACUUUAACCUUUUGUCUCAUAUUUCAGCUAUGAAGGAUUAUGCACUGUUAAAAUACAUACUGACUUGGGUUAAUAUUAGCUAUAUAUUUUAGUAUUAUUUCCCUUUGCCUUGAUUUUUCAUGUUGUUGUUUUUUUUCCUUUGGAGGCUGGGGAGAAACCAGUGGCUCUUUUCUUUGUCUGAUUAGGAUCUUCUUUUCAGUGUACACACUCCCAGAUCCCUCCUCCUGGUGAUAGCGCUUUUACCUGUUUGUUAAGACAAAUGUAGAUUGGGACCCGCUUAGCUCAUCCCCCACUGAUCAUCCCAGCCGAACAAUUUGAAAACUGUUCUGCAUUUUUGUUACAUGAAUCUGUCAGAAAUAUAUUUUUAAUUUAAUAUAAAUGAAAUUCAAUAAAAUAUGAAAGAAA